UCUGUUCCAAAAAUACCUACCUGAGGUCAGAGUGCUAGGUCGUCCUCAUGGCGAGGGUGCAGAGGGACAAACGUUAAUCUCUCUCUGUGGUCGUGGAAGAGCGCACAGUGGAGCUUAGAAGAAACAGUUUUAACAGUGGCCCCGCUCUUCAUGCGACCCCGAAGCUGUCCACCGCUGUCUGCCUCGCAGCUCAUUGUUUGCUCGGCCAAUACAUUAGUGGCGACGCGCGUCACCUUGAUCGACGAGUGCUUGGAAUUUAAAUAGCCCCUCAAACACCAAUCUGUCACCAGCUAAAGGGAUAAGGACAAGUACCUCACUGGCUGACCCGGGCCCACGUGACAGAACCCGUUCAUUGAUAUCGGCCCGUGCGACCCCCUCCCUUCUCUGAUAAGACCUAGUAUAGGUAAAGAUUGGCACGGUCACUCGGGGUAAGAGGGGAGAAAGGAAGACAUCAGGGGGUUGUCUGUGCAGAGGACGGUCCCUCGUUCCGGUUAGAAAAAAUGCUACAAUGAGCAGUUUCUUAGACUACACGGUGAUGAGCGGGGAAGGUGGCUCAUGCACUGUUAGGGCUUUUCACUCGGACCACGGGAUUACAACUUUCCAGUCGUGCGGGGCCACUGUUAACAACUGCGGGGUGGAUGACCAUUUCAUGGUGAGCAGAGCUUCUCCUGACUGCGUCUCUCACCAGACGGGGUCGUACCAAUCUAAUGCCAGCUCUCUAAGUCUCCCCUAUGGGGCCCACCCGGCCUGCAGCUCUAACUAUGGACCCCAAAGUUUCUGCACUACAUAUAACCACCAUGCCCUCGCCCAGGAAGUAGACACCGCAGCUGCGUUCCCUCAGUGCGGCCCACUGAUGUACUCUGGUAACAUUUCCUCCUCCAUGGUUUCUCAGCAUCGCCAUGGUUACAGUGCCGCCCCCCUGGGUCAACUGCAGUAUAGCCACACUGCCUACAGCGGCGGGCACGAGCAAGCGCCCCCUUAUCCAGGGUGUUCAAACCCGCUGUCACCUCUGCAUGCAGCUCAUCUGGAGGCUUGCUGUUCACCUCUGUCUGAGGGCGCAUCGUCUGCACAGACUUUUGACUGGAUGAAAGUUAAGAGGAAUCCACCAAAAACAGGGAGGUCUGGUGAGUAUGGCUAUGCUGGUCAGCCGAAUACGGUCCGGACCAACUUCACAACCAAACAGCUGACGGAACUAGAGAAGGAAUUCCACUUCAACAAGUACCUGACCCGGGCGCGCCGUGUAGAAAUUGCAGCCGCGCUGCAACUCAAUGAGACUCAGGUGAAAAUUUGGUUCCAGAACCGGAGGAUGAAGCAGAAAAAGCGAGAGAAAGAAGGGCUGCUGCCAGCCAAACUUACAUCCUCGGACAGCAGUCAGGAGAAAAUGGACGAUGCAGCAUCCGAGAAAUCUAUCUCAGCCCCAUCUACUCCUUCUCCCACAUCCUCCACUGUGUCUUCCACGGGGCCUGAUCCUUUCGCCUCCAACUGAGGGUCAAGUGACCCCUUUACUUCUAUGGGUCAAGGCGGCCUGUGUAUACCAAAUUCCAUACAAGUGUAUCAAAGGCAAAAAUUUGUUAAUGGAUGACAGUUGUGCCCAUACAUGAUGUGAACAAUGCACUAUUGGGGAACUCACGGACCACUUCUGGACCAUAUUCGUUUUAUAUUGUGUGUUGUGUUUGCAAGAUCUAUAGCCUUGCCGCCCUGUGCAUUGGUUAAAAUCUGUCCAUUCGCUUUUGAAAUUGCAAUUCGCCAAAAUUAUGCUGUGCAAGGGACACUCAGCGCCAUCUUUAAGUCUGCCUCUGAAGAGGCAAGUAUCACAAAUCUGCACUCACAAAUACCUCAGAUUUGCCAAACUUGUGCACCCCAGCCAGUCUGAUUGCACCGGAUGCCAUCAAUUAGGCAUCACACAAUCAACGAGAUAACCUCGGUUAUCAAAUCGUUAAUGAGUACACUGUUCCAGUAGCCACUUAAACACUGUCUCUUCUGUGUUUCAGGUCUGUGUGUGUCAACUGUUUGUCUGUUGCGUGAGGUUUGCAUGAUGCGUAAUGCUUUCAUGUAUUAUUGAGGAGCUGAGUUUUAUCAGUUGCAGAAUCGGUCAUUUUAUGGCUUUGUACGUUUGAAGCUUUAACCUGCUAGCUGUUAAAUCGAGUGAAGCACACAACUGUUUGGUCCAGAGAGACGUUUACGGGUCAAUCAUGUGUAUUAAAGUGCGUUUACCUCUAAAGUUUUUUUUUCCUAUGUGUCAUUUCUAAGGGGGAGAGUGUGCUGCAGACUUUCGAUUCGUUGUCAUAUCAAAUGCUAGGGUUAAAAUUUUCCUAAACCCAGCAGACAGAAAAGCAAACCUGUGUUCAUUUCCAACCCCUGAGAAGCUGCACGCGUCUGCUUGACUCAACCCCAAAGUCUCUAAAUGUAUGCAGCCAUGCGCGCCACUGUCCCCGGGGUAAAGAUUUACUGGCAUAAGAAAGGCAUGUUUAUCCAGGGCAAAGAUGAGAGCGAGGACGUCAGCGUCAUCUGUGAUGACAACCUUAUCGAGCACUUGGCUUAUUGAAGGGACAAAAAGAAACUAUUGAUCAAAACAUCGAGGUUAGGCUAUU